AUGAUCUGAGAUGUAUUUGAUUUGUUACUUGUAAACAAAAGGCAUUUUCACACCAAAACCUAGAAUGAAGGCUAUCUUGAUUCAACACCUUCUUUUGUAGAUAGGACAAACCAACUGCGAAAGAAAAUGCUUGGUUUCAUCCUAACUUCACAAGAUGAAUUUACACGAAUUUAUCUAUGUAAUAAUUUUUGCUUUUCUCCUGGAGGGUGGUAAUUCUCUCCGAAAGAGCUUUGAUAACCUAAAUCCAGUAGAAAGAGGUGAAAGAGCAGACCAGAAAGUUGACGUCGACAUAAACGCAGAAAAAUCAUGUUCAAGGGAAAGGUCAAAGAUUGUUAGAGAUAUUUUUCAAAAACAAAUCCUUCCAUUUUACGAAGACCUCUCCCCAGAUGGCCAAGUGCUUGAGGUGCCGCGUGGGUGCCCCUUUAACCAGCUUAGAGACAUAUAUGGGGAACAGGAGAGGCAUAAGACUUUUGAAUAUCCAUCCAGAUGGGUAUGUGAAUACUGUGGAAAAGCUUUUUCCAGUGAAUACUUUUUGGAUUUGCAUUUUGAUAACAGGCAUAAGGAGGGGGUAAGCCAGGAGAGAGAUCGAACUUGCCUGGCUGACUACUGUGAUAUAUUUAGAUGUGAUAUUGUCUCUGGUGCUAGAAAGCUAGGCUACUGGGACAAAGCUCUUUGUAAACCAAGCGACUGGUCUCCUAUAUAUGACAAGUGUGAAGUAAGUGUUGGCUGCUCUUGUCAUGAUAAUAUAUUAUGA